AGUAGUUAUAACAAUUGGUAUCAGAUUCUCGUUGAUUCCUGAGCACGCAGUCCGCAACGAUGGGCAGCACCACCAACACCAAUCUCACGGAGGCAAUGGAGGCGCAGGCGAAUACCCUAGCUACACAAUCGCGGUUGCUCCAACAGAUCUGUGACCGGAUGGAGGCCCAGGAUAACCACUGGGAAGUGCUUCAGCGUUCUGUGGCCGCCAACGCCAACGCCAUCGCAACUCUCACCUCGGCGGUGGCCGCCGCCGAUCCGGCGUCGAUCCGUGCGGAUCUGACCCGCGAGUUGAAGAUGGAGCUGUCGUCACAAGUGGAGUAUCAGGUGACCCAGUUUCAAUCUCAAACGUGGGAGCGCAUCGAUGCGGUCGAUGGAGCCCUGUCCACGCGCGUGGAGGCGCUGGAGCAGGUCACGUCGUCGCUCGACGCUUGGAGACCCGGCGUCGACCACUCCACGCGCGGGAUCCAGACGUCCGUCGACGCGCUCCGUGCUGAGAUCUCUCAGCUGGGCUAUCGCAUGGAUCGUCUCCAACCACCGUCGCCUCCACUUCGUCCGGGCAUUCUGGGUCCGUACGCGUCGACGGUGGAGCGCCAGCCUGCUCCCACGGCAUUCGUCGACGGCCCCACUGGGCACCGCGAUGCUCACCAACGUCGGGAGGACAGCCAUGGGUACAUCUAUACCCAUAGCCUACUCCCGCCCAAUGGUACGCACCCUGCUUUUGAUCCCUAUCAACAUGCUGUUCAACCAAAUUGGCAUGACCGUUUUGACGCCACUAUGCAUGAGUCAAUUGCUCCCCUGCUGGGUCAAUUACCUAAAGUACCUUUCCCCACUUUUGAUGGUGACAAUCCUAAAUUGUGGCAAAAACGAUGUGCGGAUUACUUUUCCAUGUAUUCAGUUGAUCCUCGCGCUUGGAUACGAAUAGCAACCAUGCACUUUUCUGGCGCUGCGGCGCGUUGGCUCCAAUCCAUAGAGUAUCACCUGAAUCAUGUCACUUGGCUAGAGUUUGGACAGAUGGUAGCUGACCGUUUUGGCAAGGAUCAACACGAAGUCCACAUUAGACACCUCUUUCAUAUUCGUCAGUCCAGUACAGUAUCCGAUUAUGUUGAGCGUUUCUCUCAGCUCAUAGAUCAACUCCGUGCAUAUAAUCCUACUGCUGAUCCAGUGUUCUACAUUAUGCGUUUUCUUGAUGGUCUCAAAGAUGAUAUUAAAUCUGUUGUUACGCUUCAACGCCCAAAGGAUUUGGAUACUGCCUUUGUUUUGGCUCAAUUGCAGGAGGAGGUCAGUGAUCGGCGUCGGGAUUCAAGGAAGCUGGACAAUUCAUUUACGUCAAAGUCCUUCUCCAAGACUCAUUUUCCGUUGCCAUUACCCCCCAGGGCGUCUUCAUUGAAGCAUGAUGAGUCUACUCCUGCUCGUGCACCUCAGUCACACUCAACGGAUGACAAGCUUGCUUCCUUGAUGGCUUACCGUAAGGCCAAGGGAUUAUGCUAUAAGUGUGGUCUCCAAUACACUAAAGGUCACCGCUGUGCCGAUUCAGUGCAGCUACACGUUGUGGAUGAACUCUGGCAACUAUUUCAGCUUCCAGUCAAUGAGGAUGAAGGCACUUCUGAAGAACUGAAUGCUAUUUGUCUCUCUCAGGCAGCUAUGGAGGGAGUGGCUGCUCCAAAAACAGUACAGUUCAUGGGUCAGCUUCAAGGCCUAGAGUUGUUGAUUUUAUUGGAUUCAGGGAGUUCUCAUUCUUUCUUAAGUACUCAAGUGGCUGCUCAUGUCCGGGGCCUCAUUCUUCUGCAAAAGCCCUUGACAGUACAAGUAGCAAAUGGAGCUCAGAUGCAAUGCACUCACGAACUUGCUGAUGCCGUCUGGUCCCUCGCCGGGUGUGAUUUCACUUCUAGUUUGCGUGUGCUACCAUUGCAGAAAUAUGACUUAAUACUGGGUAUGGAUUGGCUCGAAAAAUUCAGCCCUAUGAUGGUGCAUUGGGCAGAAAAGUGGUUGAUGAUACCGUACAACGGUUCCACAGUUAAAUUGUUUGGUCUCCAGUCUGCAAAAGGGAAAAAUGCUGUUAUUGAGCUUCGUCAGCUAUCAGAUUUGACAGAUAAGGAUCAGUCGGUGUAUUCCACCUUGCCCGCCGAGUUACAAGCAUUGGUUACAAGGUUCCAAUCUGUGUUUGCUCUUCCUGUUGGCCUACCACCUGUCCGUGAUUGUGAUCACCAUAUCUCUCUUCUACCUGGUGCUCAACCAUUUCAUGUGAGACCAUACAGAUAUGCACCCGCGUUGAAGACUGAAAUCGAGCGCCAAGUCCAAGAGAUGUUAUCUUCAGGCAUUAUUCAACACAGCAACAGUGAGUUCUCCUCUUCAGUAAUCUUGGUUAAGAAGAAAGACGACUCCUACCGCUUUUGUGUUGACUAUAGACAUCUAAAUGCUCUUACUGUGAAAACUCGGUUUCCUGUUCCUAUUAUGGAUGAACUGCUCGACGAGUUAUAUGGGGCUGCCUGGUUUUCAACGUUGGAUCUCCGUGCUGGUUUCCACCAAAUUCGCAUGGUGAAAGGGAAUUAG